GCCAGUUGUGGGCCGCGGGGCGCGGGGAGGGGGAGGGGACAAAAGGGGAAGGGGCGGUGGCGCCCACCGGCCCGGGCUGGGGCGGCGGCACUAUGGCGGCGCACUUGUCUUACGGGCGGGUGAACCUGAACGUGCUGCGCGAGGCGGUGCGGAGGGAGCUGCGCGAGUUCCUGGAUAAGUGCGCGGGCAGCAAGGCAAUAGUUUGGGAUGAAUACCUGACAGGACCAUUUGGAUUGAUUGCGCAGUAUUCGCUAUUGAAGGAACAUGAGGUGGAAAAAAUGUUCACACUUAAAGGAAGUCGUCUGCCUGCAGCUGACGUCAAGAACAUUAUUUUUUUUGUCAGACCCAGGCUAGAAUUGAUGGAUAUAAUUGCUGAAAAUGUACUCAGUGAAGAUAGGCGCUCCCCUGCGAGAGAUUUCCACAUUUUGUUUGUCCCACGCCGGAGCUUGUUGUGUGAGCAGCGUCUGAAGGAUCAGGGGGUUCUGGGAUCCUUUAUUCACAGAGAAGAGUACAGCCUUGACCUCAUUCCAUUUGAUGGUGAUUUGCUGUCCAUGGAGUCCGAAAGUGCUUUUAAAGAGUGUUAUUUGGAGAAUGACCAGACAAGUCUGUACCAUGCAGCAAAAGGACUGAUGACUUUGCAAGCCUUGUAUGGAACCAUCCCCCAGAUCUUCGGGAAGGGGGAAUGUGCAAGGCAAGUGGCCAAUAUGAUGAUCAGAAUGAAGAGAGAGUUCACUGGAAGCCAGAAUUCGAUAUUCCCCGUCUUUGACACCCUCUUGCUGCUGGACCGUAAUGUAGACUUGUUAACUCCUCUGGCCACUCAGCUUACAUAUGAAGGCCUCAUUGAUGAAAUUUAUGGCAUUCAGAAUAGUUAUGUGAAACUGCCUCCAGAGAAGUUUGCUCCUAAGAAGCAGGGAGAGAGUGGGAAGGACCUGCCCACCGAGGCCAAGAAGCUUCAGCUCAAUUCUGCAGAGGAGCUCUAUGCUGAGAUCAGGGACAAAAACUUCAAUGCCGUGGGCUCGGUUCUGAGCAAGAAAGCCAAAAUCAUCUCGGCAGCAUUUGAGGAAAGGCACAAUGCAAAGACUGUCGGGGAGAUUAAACAGUUUGUCUCACAGCUGCCUCACAUGCAAGCCGCAAGAGGGUCCCUGGCAAACCACACGUCCAUCGCAGAGCUGAUCAAAGACAUUACCACUUCUGAAGAUUUCUUUGAUAAGCUAACAGUGGAGCAAGAGUUUAUGUCCGGAAUAGACACCGAUAAGGUCAACAAUUACAUCGAGGACUGUAUCGCCCAAAAACACCCACUGAUCAAGAUACUAAGGCUGGUUUGCCUUCAGUCUGUGUGCAAUAGUGGGCUCAAGCAGAAAGUGUUAGAUUAUUAUAAAAGAGAAAUUCUCCAGACAUAUGGCUACGAACACAUGCUGACCUUAAACAAUCUGGAGCAAGCCGGAUUGCUCAGACCUCAAGCGGGUAGUAGAAACAAUUACCCCACAAUCAGGAAAACCUUGCGGCUCUGGAUGGACGAUGUUAACGAGCAGAAUCCCAAUGACAUAUCCUAUGUCUACAGUGGCUAUGCACCUCUCAGUGUACGAUUAGCUCAGCUGCUUGCUCGGCCUGGAUGGAGAAGUAUUGAGGAAGUCCUGAAGAUGCUUCCAGGCCCCCAUUUUGAAGAACGGCAGCAGUUACCAGCAGGAUUGCAAAAGAAGCGUCAACAAGGAGAAAACAGAGUUACUUUGGUCUUUUUCCUGGGAGGUGUGACCUACGCUGAAAUUGCUGCCCUGAGAUUUCUAUCUCAGAUGGAAGACGGAGGUACUGAGUAUGUCAUUGCUACCACUAAACUAAUGAACGGAACCAGUUGGAUAGAAUCUCUGAUGGAGAAGCCUUUCUAAAUCCGGAACGCCAAGCCAUCUUCGACCAGCAGCAGCAAGUGGCAGGAAGUUGCCCCUUGGAAGCAGUUGCUAAAGGAAAGGAAGAGUGAUGGAUUAAUGGCUGGAGGAUGCAGAGUUUGUGAAAUUACUGUCUGUUUUCAGUGCUGCUUUUCUCUGGUGGCUUCUGGAGUCCUUUUCUAUUUCAGAAGGCACAAAAAUAAUGGGACAUUCAGCCUGUGGUAAAAGAAACAAAACACCCGCAUAUUCAGAGUUGGGGAUCCUCAGUAGAGGCCCCAGGGAAUUGUAUCGGGGGGCUCAGUGAGGUUUGGUUUGGGCUGGUUCAAGCUCGGAGCCAAUGAGAGUGAAAUAGAAAUGGAGACUCCAUCCCCUCAUUCCUGUGCUGCUCUCCACGUCUGAGGUCUGACCAGGCUUGCUGGGGUAAGUGUGAGCAGGCCAAGGCCGGCCCAGAGGCUGCUGGCUCCGGGAGGGUUCUCCCUUCAUUCUUCACUUUGCAGGCCUCCCCUCCAGCUAUUGUCUCCAUGGGUGCUGCUGCAGUGACUCCUGCUAAAGACUUUUGGGUCAUGGUGGCUCAGAAAUGAGACCAGUGUGGUCACACCAAGCAGGAAUAGAAGCAGCGUGUACCUGAAUGCUUUAAAUCUGCCUACCAUCUCACUCCCUUCCAGUAUAUGGGAGAACUGAGGGGCCCGAGCCCCAAGUAGGACCAAGAAGAGGCUGAUGGGAUGGCUUUGCUGGCCUUCCUUUGGCUCUGAGCUGGCUACCAGAGACACUGCCAUUUCUGGGAAGGGAGCAGGGGCGGUUGUGUCUUCCAUCCUUGCUGCUCACUCAUGAUGCUGGUGCCCAAGGCUAGAGUCUCCUGGUAUAGUCUCCGUCACUGAGCAGUAACAGCAAAAUCUGAAGCAGGGGCAUUUUAGUGGGACCACUACAUGUUAUAAACCUUGAUUAGAAGAGGAAGGGAGAAACUUGAGAAGACUUGGUGUGCCAGAAUAUCUAGCACUAAAUGUCCCUUUUCGGUAUAGUGAGGAUGAGAAACGUAGGGUGCUUAGAGUGAAGUAACAGUGAUGGGAUUAACUUAGUCUUCUUGCUUUGCCCUUUUAGGGUUUGGAAUAAACAACUCAACAAUCCUAAUUUUAGAAAAAGUCUUUAUCUGGUCUUUAUUAUCGCGGAGAGAUUUGCUUAUGUCCCUUGGUCCACAGCCAUGUUAUAAAAUCAAAUAUUUCCAGUUUUAAAUUAGAGUUCAGUCAUGUCUCUUGACUACAUAUUCUUCUAUUUACAGGCAAGUCAGUUGUGUCCUACCUGCUAACCUUCACUUCCUUCAUCCUCUUUGCUCUAAGCAAAGUUAAGUCAGGUUUCAAUAAGUUAGAAAUGUUAACUGCUUCAUUCACGUAUAAAUAAAAAGUAACUGCUUGUUAAUGCUCA